GGGCUAAUUGCUCCCAGAUGUGUGCUGAGAAAACAUAUGGUUUCUGAUAGACACCAUGAUGCAGGAAAAGGAGCAGUGGGUUUGUGUGUUUGUGAGUUAUGCUGGUGCACAAACACAUAAAUACUGCAGUCCAUUGUUUCAGUCAGAGGGUGGGAUGCAUAAUGUGCAGAUCUGUAGUUGACGGGGAAAUAAUCAUACUUUCCAUAAAGUAGUUCCAGUCUGGAAAUCAAGAGUUAGGACCUUUAAUGUGUGCAAAAAAGUCUGAUUUAUAUUUUCUGUGCUUCUCCAAGGGAGCUUUAGGCUCCCAUUUUUGAGUUUUUUUAGUUUCUUGGAGGACAGAAGAAAGAAAAGAGAGAGAGGAGGGGGAAGGGUUCGAGGAAAUGACCAGUGAGUGUGACAGAAGGGAAAUGAAGGAUGUAGAGACAGAGAGGAAGAAAGGGAGGGAGGAAGAAAACUCACAGGGAGUUGCGGGGGUGGGAUUUAAGGGGGUCUUCUGUUUCUUUUCUUGGAAUGCAGCUUUGACAGUGUCUGCCGCACCAGCGAGGAAAAAGAAAGAAAAACUCGCUUUAAAGUCAGUCUACCUCCCAGUGACCAUGAGAGUCCUCCUACUCAUCUGCAUGCCAGUUGUGCUUGCUCAGGCCCAGUACCAGGAACAGGUUCCUUUCCCUGACUCGUAUGACUAUUAUUCAGAAACCCAGAACCCAGAGCCUUUCCCCGGAUCCUACCAGCAGCAGGUCCAGAUUGAGCCUGCGGUCUUUCCGGAGAAGUCAGAUCCGACCUUUGAAACCGAGCCCACAGAGCCUGGACCGCUCGACUGCAGAGAGGAGCAGUAUCCCUGCACCAGACUCUACUCAGUGCACAAACCGUGCAAGCAGUGUCUGAACAGCCUCUGCUUCUACAGUUUGAGACGAGUUUACGUCAUCAACAAGGAGAUCUGCAUGAGGACCGUGUGCGCACAUGAGGAACUGCUCAGAGCGGAUCUGUGCCGUGAUCAGUUCUCUCGCUGCGGUGUGAUGGCGCUGAGCGGUCAGUGCGCGUCGCUCGGAGGAAGCUGUGGGCAAAGCUGCGGCGGCUGCUGAUCCGGAUCGGGAACGCUGCCAGCCGGGAUACCGACUCCUCUCCCCUUCUGACUCCUCCGUACGGCUCCAUACUCUUGUGCGAAAAGCACUUUGAAUAUUUUUGUUGUUUUUAAUGUCUGCCCAGUAGAUCCUGUGUGUACUAUGAGGGAUCAACAAUAACACUGACGGAUAUGUGAGUCACUGGUGCUAUAAAACCUUUAGAGGUGCAUGAAAAUGAGUUUUCAUGGCUUCAUAAAACCAUGAAAACUCAUUUUAUUUCUGUUUUUUAUCCUUUUUUUUAACAUUGUGCCAUAAUAAUCUCAUAUUUUGUGUUUGUACUGUACUUUUGUUGAAAAGCAGUCAUUAAUAGAGAUGAUCAGGAGAGACAAUAAGAUGCUGCAGAACAUCAGCAUGAUUGGUCUAAAGGGCCGUCCAACCACCGCCUCUGUACUACUGCUUUGUAAAAAUGUCACCAUAAAAACUGAAAAAAAUAAAAUGUUUAAACUCCA